UGCACAAAUCCACAGUGGGUCUGCUGUAGGAUCAGUCAGACUGCAGCCAGAGCUGACCAGCAUGCUGACCUGCACUAAAAUGCCUCACUUUAAGACGGUUUCUAAAUAUAAUCAGCUGACUUGUUAUGAACGCCUGGAGCCGGAUCAAUCAGAGGAGCAGGAGGACCCGAGAGAAUACUGCUAUGGAGGGUACCAUCCUGUACAUGUAGGAGAUAUAUUCAACAAGAGAUACAAGGUUCUGUCCAAACUGGGUUGGGGCUACUUCGCCACUGUGUGGCUUUGUGUGGACAUGAGAUCGGGCAGGCAUGUUGCAGUGAAGAUUCUGAAAAGUGGAUCUGGCUUCACUCAGGCUGGUCAAGAUGAGCUAACUCUACUGCGCUGUGCCAGUGGUCCUUCCGCCCGCCACCCCCUGAAAGGACGCAUUGUCCAGUUGUUGGACGAGUUUAAAAUAGCAGGCGUUAACGGAAUCCAUAUCUGUCUGGUGCUGGAGCUGCUAGGACCUGACCUGCACGGUUGGCAGGUGUGUUUUGGGAAACCUGGGCUACCACUCAGCUCUGUCAGACGAGUAAUCUCUCAGGUGCUCGAGGGUCUUGACUAUCUGCACAGCCACUGUAAGAUCAUUCACACCGACAUCAAGCCUGAGAACAUUCUGGUCUGCCUUGGUCAGCAGCCUCUAGGAGCCCUCAAUCCUAAAUCACAUUCAAAUGCUGAAAACAUUUCAGUGAAAAUUGCAGACCUAGGCAGCUCCUGCUGGGUGUACAAACACUUCUGUGAGGAGAUCCAGACCCGGCAGUAUCGCUCGUUAGAAGUUCUGCUGGGCUCUGAUUAUGGUCCACCUGCUGAUAUCUGGAGUGUGGCCUGCAUGGCAUUUGAACUCGCCACUGGUGACUCUUUGUUUGAACCCAAAGCUGGAAAGAAUUUUACUUUGGAGGAAGACCAUCUUGCACACAUCAUCGAGCUUCUGGGGAAGAUCCCUCCAUCCAUAGCUCUGUCUGGUAAAUAUUCGUCUGAGUACUUCAACCGCAAAGGAGAGCUCCAGAGGAUUUCUGUCCUUCGGCCAUGGGGACUGUAUGAAGUUCUGGUAGAGAAAUAUCACUUUCUUCUUCAGGAGGCCGUUCUCUUCUCCGACUUCCUGAACCGGAUGCUGGAUUUCCUGCCGGAGAGACGAGCGACUGCAGCUCAGUGUCUCAAACACCCGUGGCUGAAACUGUGACCUCACAUUCCCCCUGACGUAGCAUUCUGUGUAAACUGACUCACUGUGGAAAAAACAUACAGUAGUAGCUUAUUUGUAUUGGCUGGGAAAACUUGAAUACAUAAAAAAUGAAUAAAUGUACUAAAAACUUGAAUAGGCCUAUAUAGAGAAUAGCAUAGGUGCUGUUUGUGUCUAAAUGAACGACUCCCCUGAAAUUCCUUGAUUAUAUUUCAGUUUAAUGCUUAUGUCUGUUUAAAGCUUGAAUGACUGUUGAUUUGUGCAUAAAAUAGUAUGUUUUAAUUGUAUUUUAUGUAACAUGUUAACAUUUAGAAUGUAGUUUCAGAUUCUUAUAUUGUAUAAAAUAUCAACGGAUACUUCACUAGACGCUCCCAGAUGAUGAUGAUGAUACACAUAGUCAGGAUGAUACAGAUAUUUCAGUCCUCAUUAGAUGGGCACUGAUUGUCUUGUCCAAUGUUUUACUGAAAAAAAAGGCUGCAAGCAGCUGUAAAGAUGAGCUACUAAAAGUAAAUAGGUCUGCUAGCGGAGCGAAACAUGAUUUAUUUGAUGUUUUGCAUUGUCUUGUUAAAAAAUGCAUGGAUGUCUCUGAAAAAAAACAUCGCCUUGCUCCAUGAUCUCAAUGUACUUUUCUGCAUUAAUGCUGCUGUCUAUAUGUUGCAUACUAUACCCUUCUGACUUAUUGCUGAUAACAAUCUGGAUGGUCCUUUUUGUCCAUGUCAACACUGCUUCUGGUUGUAUAAAAAUAUCACCAGAUGCUUCACCAGAUGCUACCAGAUGGACAGUAUUGGGGUGGCACACAGAUUUCAGCCAUCAUCUGGUGUCUAUAAACUGUAAAGAUGAGCCUUUAGUAAAGACGUCUGCUUGAGUUCCUUAAUAUAAAUGUAGUGUCUCCUCUUACCCACUUACUGCCACAACAUUUUUGUGCUCUUUGUUUUUGUUACACCAUCUUCAGACACUCCUGUUGGCGUUUUUACAAAUGAACAUGACUCGCAAUAAGCCAGGAAGUAACUUAACCAUUUGUUCAUUUAUAGUACUAUAUUAUAGUGUUCAGUAGUACAGAACUAAAACAUCAACAAAAAAAAUUUAAUUUAUUGCUUGUAGAGAGCAAUGUACAUUCCACUUGCUAAACAAGACAGGCUUACUUUGAGAGCGUUGCCAAAUAAGGUGUCAAAUAAAUAUUAAUAAAUAUUUAUUCAUAAUAAA